UUCUGAGCAUUCACCCAUCCUCACUGUCCUACAACCUAGAACCUAAGAUCACCUACUCCAUUCGCUUCUCCAUCUACUGUCAACAAGACGGUGACACGAAGUGUCACCUCUAUCAAACAUCCAACUAUGGGUCUUCUACCUCUCACCUACCGCCGACCGGUAUACGUCAGCAACACCAGCUCAGCCCGCGAGAGCACUUCAGACGUAUCCGACAGUGGCGAUGAAAAGCAGAGCAACACCUCCUCAUCCUUGCGCUCCGGCAAUUCUGGAAAGUUGCAGGGCAUCCCAGAGUCGCUCACUUUUGACAAGAUUAUCAACGGUGGCACAUGCCCUCCUUGUACUGUGCGUGACUUCAUGAAUUACCUGAUCUACAUUGAGCAUGCGGCGGAAAACCUUCAAUUCUUCCUCUGGCACCGGGACUUCCAGAAGCGUUUUGGGGAAGCAAAGACGUCUGACAUGUCUCUCGCCCCCGAGUGGACCGAAGCCAUGGAGACUGACUUGCUUCAACGCAUGAACAAGGAAAAGUCACAGAAGAUGCGCAAGAAGCCCGGCCAAGAGAUAUUCAAGGGAACCGAUUUCGAGAAGAAGGGUGCCACGAGCGGCAUCGUGCAAGACUCCAGCGACCCAUUCCACACCCCUCCACGUACCCCAAACGACUACGAAGGCUCAGUUUACACGGGGUCUCAAGGCGUGUCGAAUGCCGAUUCGUACCGCUCUCAGGCCAGUGAUGCAUUCGCGGCCGUGGGUGCCAAGCAGCCUUUCACCAUCCAGCCUUUCCGUGAAGAGAUUGACCGUGUUAUCGCCACGUACAUUAUGGAGGGCGCGCCGCGACAACUCAACCUCUCGGCCAAGGAACGUGACGCCACUCUUCACGCCUUCGCGUACACUACCCAUCCUACGGCCUGUCGCAUGGCCAUUAAAGUAAUUGAGAACUCUCUCCGCCAGCAGGCUCACCCCAACUUCAUUCGUUGGUCCAUCUGCAACGGUAACCCCGCUCGCGUCUUCUUCGCCCGGGCUCUUGGUGUUGGUCUCAUUGCCAUCGCCUUUGUCGUCGCCAUCUUGAUUACUCUCAGCCGCGCCGGCCGCGGAUGGCGAGCACUAGCUGCUAUCGGAUGGGUUCUGGGAAUUUCUACCUUGGUCGCAGCCUACAAGGGCAUGUGUGUUGUCCUACACGGUAUGCACCAUCGUCACGUUCGUCCCUGGGAGCUCUUCGUGGACGAGGAGAAUGACGACCGCAAAACUUCCUUCGACACGUUUGGAUCUAACAACAGCUAUGAGUCGGAGCCUUGGGUCAUCAAGUAUGAGAAGCGCAACAUUGUCCGCAAGAUCUUUGACCGCGAGGUGUGGAUUGAGGAGCCUGCUCUGCGCACCAUCCAGGAUACCAUCUUCCUUCAGGCAAUGCUAUGUGCCGUACUCGUUGGCGGUGUUUUCACUGCCAUCUUUGUUGCCAUCCCAAAGCAUGGAUACUUUUAAGUGUGUCCUUUUCCGAGACAGACAGCUGGGACAG